GAACAAAAUGUCGGCGGGAGGAAGAAGCACUCCCACCAUCGACAAUUUCCUGAGGUGUGUUUUGGUGAGCAAUGCGCGGUCACCUGACUGAAUGACAUCGCGCACGUAUCAAAACCGUCUAUGCUGACACCGUGUUGAGUCGCUGACGGUGGACUGCACCCGCGGACACUGUUUUAACCUUCAAUUUGUAGUCAUGACUUGUAGGACACGAUGGCUUCAGCUGUUCCUGCUUUUAUGUUGCGUGCAGACCUGCCUGUUGCAGAAAGAAGAAAGAGGCUUUAGUGGUACGGAGACCAAUGAUGGGGUGUUGGUCAACUCCCGAGCCAACGCAGUCCUGAGCAGUGGCCUCACAACUGUCUUCCUCCCAAUCAUCUACAUCAUUGUGUUUGUUGUGGGGCUCCCCACCAAUGCCUUGGCUCUGUGGGUAUUCCUCUUCAGGUCCAAGAAGAAGCACCCGUCAUCCAUCUACAUGGCCAACCUGGCUCUGGCUGACCUGCUCUUUGUCAUCUGGGUGCCCUUAAAAAUAGAGUACCACUUCAACGGCAACAACUGGACCUACGGACAGGGGUUGUGCAAAGUGCUGGUGGCGUUUUUCUAUGGCAACAUGUACUGCUCCAUCUCCUUUAUCGCCUGUAUAAGUGUCCAGCGUUACUGGGCUGUGGUCCACCCGCUGUCCUGGCAGCAGAGGAGCAGCUGUCUAGCUGUUUCUGUCUGUGCUGCAGUCUGGGUGGUGGUCUGGCUUAUCACCAUCCCUCUCUACCUGUAUGACCAAGAGGUCCACGUGAGAAACCUCAACAUCCUUACCUGCCAUGAUGUCACCAGGCCCAGCCAGACGAAAAUAGCAGCAGGCUACUUCCUGACAAUGGGGACAGUGGGGUUUGUUGGUCCCACUGUCGUGUGCAUCAUAUCCUACAUCCUCAUGCUCAAGGCUCUCAGGAACAGCAUGGCAGAUCCUGCUAUUGCCAAAAAGCGACGGAAGGCUGUGGUCUUGAUCGUCACCGUGUUGGUUAUGUUUUUAGUGUGCUUCACCCCCAGUAACAUCAUGUUGCUGGUGCACUACAUCCUCCUGUUGGGUGAGUCUACCAACAACUUGUAUGGCUUCUACAUCACCACCCUGUGCCUGGCGAGUCUUAACAGCUGCUUCGACCCUUUCAUUUACUACUUCAUCUCUGAGGAUUUCAGGGAGCAUGUGAAGAACACAUUCCUCUGCAGGAGUGAGAGGACAGUGGAGAGGAUGAGGAUCUCCUUCAGCGCUCUGAAAUACUCAAGGAAGAACAACACAUAUACUUCUGAUUCAGACAAGACGCAGAGCACCGACUGCUAGAGAAUAAUUGGGGUUUAAGCUUUUUCCUGAUCAGUUAAAAUAAGAUGGAUUUCUUGUUUAACUGUAUUGUGACCUUUCCUAUUUAGGAAAGCCAUUAUGUAGUAAUGACAUCCUAGAAGCUUUGAGCUGUCCUGGGUAAUACUUUUUUAACAUUUUGUAAAUAAAUUUUAUUUUUAUAUCUUUGAGAAUUCAAGUUUUUUAAAAUGUAUUUUGUUGUAUUUGAUUUCAUAGGGAGUGAUUGUCUUUGGUACUAAAGGACAACAUUUUGCAUGUUGUAUGAUGCAGGAUACAAGCUUAAGUAUAUUUCUUUUAAGUGUAUUUUCUUUUAAGUAAUAAUGUUUACUUGUAUAAAUACAUUUUAAAGUUUGCCAAUAAAACUAUCUGUCCAACUUA